AUGCAUGCAGUACUAUUUCUGCUCACCAUUGCUUUGACCUUGUUCUCUUCGGAUGACAAGGCAACAAAGACUGGCUUUGAGAAACAGCCGGCUCCACAAAGCAAAGUCAUGAAAGUCAGAGAACACUCUCCGGCUAGUCUCAUGCAGAAGUUUGCAGGUAUGGAUACCCGCGUAAAGAACUUCAUCUUCAAGAAGACCGUUGGUCUACUGGAGGCCUGGCAAGGAAGGCCGCCACCAAAGGCCUCAGGUGACAUUGAGAGCGGACUAUUGAAUGCUACAAAAUCUCCGCCAACUAACAAUAAAUCCCAAGACAGCCCAGACCGCGAUAGAAGCGAAGAUAUAACGGGAAAUGUAGGAGGCAACAAUACGUACCCUCAGGGUACUCCCCCAACAUCAACUAGACCCAUCGACCUAAGUCUCAACCAGCAACCACAGUUUACUGAAGGCCCAGCUCGAUUCGUCGUUGUCAAUGAUGGUUCAAAGGACUGUCUGGCUCUACUAGUCACGGAAGUCUUUGUCGCAAAAUCUCGUGAUCUUUACGAAGACAGUCAUCACUUGUCGGGCAAACAAGGACCGCUUCAACAAGUACGGCGAGAUGCUCGCAAUGCCGAAGCCUAUAUGAGUCUUGUCAGAGAAUCCCUGGAGAUGGCGCAGAAUCAAGAACAAGCCGACGAGCUCGGAGAACUCUCCCAGAAGAGAGAAACUGAGUUGAUCGAGGCUCGUCAGCGAAAGAAGCCUCUCACACCGUUCAUAGAGGCCGACAGCGAGGAGGAUGAGAAUUCCAACGAAAUCUACAAUCAACCACCCAACGAAAAUGCCAACAAUGAAAACGAGGUCCAGAAUACAGUACGCGGUGCAGACGUUUCUAGGCAGCAGCCAGUGGUUUUGGCAAUCGACGCAGAAGUUCCAGCCAGCUCAGACGAAGUUCCAGCUGAUGAGGAUUCUGUUCGUCAAGCGGCUUGGGAGGAUUACAAUGACAAAUUAGAGACCUUCCACAAAGUUCAAGACAUAUUUGAUGAUCGACAGCAAGCGUACGAGACGAACUUGGCAAAGUUUCAGGAUGGCAUCAAAACAGGUAUUUACAACAUGUCUCGCAGCGAAUUUGAUCGCAACAGGGUCCGGCAUGGCCAGAAAAUCACUCGAGCCUUGAUCGAUGCCGAGGAAGCCUUCGAUGGCGCAAAAGCAUACGCUCAGGCUGUCGGUGCAACUGGAUCCGACUAUGAGCAGACGAAUUACUUUGGCAAUUAUGAGGAAAGCAUGCCGGAGAAUCAAAUGGCUUUGUACAAUGCUUCGAAGGACUUCAGCGACAUCUAUACUUGGAUGGCCAGUGUUCCCGAGACGGGUGAUCCGGAAGAGUUCGAACCAGUCGACGUUGAUGAUUGGGAUUCAAAGGAAGUCGACCAGACGGACAGCAUCAGCCAGAUAGACUUCGAGGAAUAUCGCAAGCCGAUCGACCAGUGGCAGUACGAAUGUGCUCUCGCUCGCGGUGACGGCCCGGAGGAGUAUUAUUUAGGACCUGUAAAUAUAGAAUUCCUGGAGCGUCGGCACUCAGUUUCGCUAAGCCGUUCUAACGUUGGCGAAUCGGACGUGGGUAUAUAG